AUGUCUACCCACAGCAUAUCAUCGAUUUCCCUGUCAAGCACUCAUCCUACUCUUCCAGCUUACAAUAUCCCACUCCAUGAGUAUUCCUACGAUGUGGGAACUACGGUAUCGACAUCAAGCGCAUCAAACCAGCAUGCGUAUGACUUAGAUCAAGAUCCCCAGACGUAUACUCCUACCACUCACCCCCAAGUUCCCGACAAUGUCAAUGUCGCCCCGGUAGAAGCUAUCCCUGCGAAGCAGAUAUGGUCCUAUCCCCGAAUGAACAGGUGGAGGAUAGCAGCUGCAUGUCUCCAAUGCUUCGGGAACGGAGCAAACGAUAGCGCUCCUGGUGCCAUUAUCACCGCCGCAGAGGCAUAUUACCAUGUGGAUUAUUCUAUUAUGGCUAUGAUCUUCGUUGCCGUCGCUGUCGGGUUCAUCUCUGCUGCUUUCUGUGUUGAUGCAGUCGAUCGGCGGCUGCGGAGAAGCUAUACGCUUGCCUUGUGCGACUUGAUUUCUAUUGCCGGAUAUGUUAUGAUGGUCGUGACGCCGCCGUAUCCUGUUUAUGUCUUGGGGUGA